AUGAAUAACGAAAUUCCUCACGCAGAUACUGAAAAACAACAUCUGGGCGAGCAAAGCCCGGAAAGUCAGAACCUGGAGCGUCAUGGUUAUACACAAGAAGUCAAGCGCAGGUUCUCUCUUUGGGCCAUGGUUGCAACAUGUGUGAACCUCAUGUGCACAUGGGAAGCCUUAUCUAGUACUCUUGCCGCCGGUCUUGUAAGCGGAGGGCCAGUGUCUCUUGUCUAUGGAUCCAUGACUGCCUUUCUCGGGUCCAUCUGCGGCGCUAUGUCGCUUGCAGAGCUGGCAUCUAGCUUUCCAACUGCUGGCGGACAGUACCAUUUCGUUGCGAAACUGAGUCCAGAAACAGCAAGACCGUUAUUAAGCUGGCUAACCGGUUACAUUUCAACUCUCGGCUGGAUCUCCCUUGCCGGAAGUGCUCCCUUCCUAGCUGGGACUCAAAUCCAAGGUCUCAUUGUCCUCAACUACCCCGACUACGUUUUCGAACGCUGGCAUGGAACAAUGCUCUUCUGGGCAAUCUUAAUCUGCUCUGCCGCUAUCUGCGUCCUCUGUAGUAACACACUUCCUCUAAUCGAGAAGUUCACACUGGUAUUCCAUGUUGGAUUCUUCAUCAUCAUCAUUAUAACCAUGGCUGUUGUUUCACCUACCAAGCAUACACCCGAGUUCGUAUUUACAACCUUUGAGAAUAACUCCGGGUGGACAAACGACGCUGUUGCAUGGAGUAUAGGUCUUUUGAGCUCAUGCUACGUGCUCAUCGGUUAUGAUGGAGCAACGCAUCUAAGCGAGGAGAUGGACAAGGCCGAGACUGGUGUUCCCAGAGCCAUGGUUGGUUCAAUCUUGGUGAAUUGGCCUCUCGGGUUCGCGUUCCUUCUUGUUGUCUUGUUUUUCAUGGGAGAUGUUACUUCGGCACUUAACACACCCACCGGCUUCCCCAUCAUUCAGAUUUGCUACAACAUGACAGGUAGUGUGACUGCAGCGACAUGCAUGGUUAGUGCCAUCACUGCCAUGGCGGCUCUAUCGACUGUUCCGCUCAUUACUUCGGCGGCUCGUGUCAUGUGGGCUUUUGCAAGAGACGGAGGACUGCCAUUCUCACACCAGAUCGCCAAAGUCGAUAAACGUCGCGAGAUCCCCACCGUAUCCAUUCUUGUUGUCACAUUCCUUCUUAUCUUGCUUGGUCUUAUCAAUAUCGGCUCCACAACCGCCUUCAAUGCCAUCCUCUCCCUUGCAGUCGUUAGUCUGCAAUUCUCUUACCUUGUUCCUAUUGUUCUUUUGAUAUGGCGCCGUUUAUGCCAACCGGAAACAUUGACCUGGGGCCCCUGGCGCCUAGGCAAAUCUGGCCUGUUUGUCAACGUUAUUGCAGUCAUUUACCUGGCCUUUACAUGCGUUUUCCUUUUGUUUCCUCCGUUCAGGCCUGUUAGCGCGGCAAACAUGAACUAUGCCUCAGUGGUUCUUGGAAGUGCACUCUUGUUUGGCUGUUUCUAUUGGCCAUUCAAGGCGAAGCGGAGGUACAUUGGUCCACUGACACACAGUGAGGUGCUAGAAGGGAGGAUCGACUAG